CAGGUGGCGCCAACUAUGGCGCGACACGCAAGACCUGUAGAAUGGGUUGCCAUCGAGGAGGCGCCACGCUGGACCUGUUCUCGCAGCAUCCGGGAGCUGUGCGCGAGUCCCGUAACGCGCGGGACCAAAUUGAAGCGUGCGGGAGAGAGAAGGGGAGAAAGGUACGAGGGCGGGGGAGAGAGGGAGGAUCGCGUUUCUAAACUCGAAAUUCAACGAGGAGCACACCACUCAGAGCCACGCGAGCGGCCGCGCGACACGGUACGAGUAUUCGGACGCCGGUGUGAACGACGUUACGUUAUGUGUAUCGAAAAACGUGCGAGCCACGCGAGGCUCGCUGGUGCCGUCUUGUUUCUCGUGGCGAUUGCUCUGCCGUUCGGGCUCUGCCAAAACGCCGGGGCACGCGAUGGUGCGUCCGGGUGGGACGGCAGGAUGGCAUCGGAUCGUUCCGAGUCGCACACCCUGGGAGCUCGUCGGCAGCAGUACAGAGCCACGCUGUUAUCCGCCAGCCGGGACGCAUCUUUUGAGGGACUGGGGACUCUCGCCGAGGAGAAAAACAGAAGGACGCUCUCGUCGCGAGGCGUUAUCAAGGAGCCAGCGGAGACGGAAGCGGAAGCGAAAGCGGAGAGGGCCCGCGGCGAUGAACGCGGCGGCGGGGACAAACACCUCCUCUUGUCGGAAAAUGGUGCGAAAGUUCCGCCUCGGCGAAACGUAAAUGUCACCACCCUGAGCAAGCAACAAGAGGGCAACUUCGGCAGUCGGACGCGGAAAAAGCGCCGUAGGGCCGGGGAGGGUAGUCCCGGUGUCAAGGAUCGCGGGAUCGCCGCGACGGUGGACAGUCGCGAGAACGAGAUAACCGGCAGGCGGGAUCGAUCGCCGUGGCGGAGGAACGACUCUGCCUCGAAGCCGCGUCCGAAGAGCCGGGAGGGGCGGAAGUUCCGCGCGGAACGACGCAGGCGGAAGAACAAGGACAAGCGAAACAGGACCGCGGGAAGCGGGAAGGAGGCGCGACGGAGUGGCGAUGGCAGGCGCAGGACGUCGUCGAAGACGCGCAAGAGGAAGAUGCACGAGAACCUCGUGGCCAACGCGUCCUCCGAGCCGACGUUCGAGUCCACGUCGUACGUCGCCUCGUUGACGGAGGCUGUCGACACACCGACGACGACGACGACGGCGACGACGGCGUCGACGACGGUGACGACGCCGCGUCUACGCGGCGUCUACGUGGCCGACACGGUGGAGCGGGAGUUCUCGAAGCAGCUCGAGCUCGAGAUCUCCAAGUCCGCCCUGAAGGACCCCUCGAUCCUGGACGACGGUAUCUUCGAUGCUCCCCCGGAGAAAUCGAGCGGACGGGACGCGGGGGUCGAGGGGAAGAGCGAGGGUCAGCCCAGUGACUCCGGGAGGAUCGAUUUCAGAGGCUCGCGUUACGACGCCGCGAGGAUGCUCGGCUACUCGAGGACCGAGGAGGACCUGCCGAUCCUGGAUCUCGAGAACGAGGUGCUCGAGAGGACCGUGAAGGAUUACAACGCGUACAUGACGUCGCGGCUGAGGCCGCUCUCGCUGCCGGCGCCGUCGGCGAUCCGCCACCACCCGACUUCCGGUCCCUGGCAUCCGCCGAGGAAGCCGAUAAUUAAUUCCGAGGAGGAGGAGGAGGAGGAGGAGGAGGAGGAGGAGGAGGAGGAGGACGACGACGCGGAAGUCACAGGCGUGAUAACGGGAACGACGGCACAGCCGGUGCAGACGGACGACGGCGGCGCCACGAGAGGGGACUUAUCCUGCAUAAACGGGACCUUCCUGCCGGCGCCUCUGUCUCGCCAUGCGCUGAUCAAAUAUGUAAAGUCCUCGACCCCGGGCCGCGGGUAUUUGGAAGCCGAUUACGAGUGCGCGCCGGGCUACCGUAUGGCAUCCCCCGCGAGCCGAUUAGUCUGCAGGAAUCGUCAGUGGGUCGGACAGGUGCCAAAGUGCGAGAUCAAGCAAAAUCCGGGUCCCGGGGUGUGCGCCGAGGCAUCCUGCGAGCACGUUUGCAACGAAAUUAACGGGCGUCCCGUCUGCUCCUGCUACGAGGGAUUCAGAUUGGACGGCCGCAAAUGCGUCGACGUCAACGAGUGCCUGCUGAACAACGGCCACGGACCCUGCCAGGACACCUGUCGAAAUCUCGUCGGGGGGUACGUGUGCUCCUGCGAGGGCUUGCGAGACGCCUCGCUCGCCGCCGACAAUCACACGUGCGAGCGUGACAGGCACGCGGGCCCGUGCAGCGUGAACAACGCCGGAUGCUCCCACACGUGUCUGUCGACGAUGGGCCGGGUGUUCUGCCUCUGUCCCGACGGUUUCAUGCUCGAGGACGACUGGAAAACGUGUCAAGACGUGGACGAAUGCUCGGUGCCGGAUCUCCAGACGGAGCUGUGUCGCUACGGGUGCAUUAACACCCCGGGGUCCUAUCGAUGCGCGGAGCCCACGGAGCCGAGGGAUCAGCCGAUCCUGGACAGCCUGUCCAUCACCUGCCUGCCGGGCUACGAGCAGACCCCUCACGGGUGCAUCGAUAUCAACGAGUGCUGGGUUGACAACGGCGGGUGCAGCGAGGUGUGCGAGAACACCGACGGGAGCUUCUUCUGCGCCUGCGACGGGGACGAGAAGGCCUUGUCAUCCGACGGGAAAUCCUGCGUAGACAUAAAUAGCAUCGCGUGCAUGCCGUUAAAUCCGGUCGAUCGCGGCUAUUUAAUAUGCUCCCGUUCGGCCACGUCCAAGUUGUGGCGUGACAGGCGAAAAGUGCCCAAUCGGCCCGGCACGCGGUGCUUCCUCAAGUGCCCCCGUGGGUAUCAGCUUCGCGGUGAGUACGAGUUGACCUGUCGAUCCGACGGCACCUGGGACGGACCGCAGCGCGGGAAGUGCGUCAGAUAUAGCAAGCCCCGAUUGGAGUGUCCGAAGGACGUCGUAGCCGAAUUACCGCCCGGCAGGGACGAGGCGUUCGUGACCUUCGAUCAACCGGCGACGGAUCUCGAUUGGUUCCGAUACGUACGGUCGAAGCCGUCCUGGGGCACGCGGCUCGAGGCCAAUCUCCCGCCUGGCGUCCACGAGGUCACGUUUUUCGCGCGACACCCGGUAUCGAAGAAGCAGGCCAGCUGCGUGCUACGUAUUAUCGUCAAAGGUGGCGAGGCGCCGAAAGUCAAAGACUGUCCGAGGGACAUCGAAGUCGUCGGGAGGAACGGAACGGCGAUCACGUGGAUGGAACCGACCUUCACGGAUAACGUGAAAGUGACGCGGAUCAGCAAUAACGAGAGCCCGGGUCGUCGCUUCGACGUCGGCGGCCACAGGAUCGAGUACGAGGCGAGCGACGAGGCCGGCUGGUCGAGCAAGUGCGUCUUCGCCGUGGUCCUCCGUCAGGAAUAAACGGCCCGGGGAGGUGCGACGGAGGGGUGGGAUCAGGGAGACGCGAGGGAAAGAAAGGAGCGAGGGAGACCGACGAUGGCGAGGGAAGAGAGGGAAGAAGAAGCAGCGCGGAAGAAUAACGAUAAGGUUACACGCGGGAAAAGUGAGAAGGAGAGAAAGGAAAGAAAGGGAAAAAAAAAAGAGAGACGGACGUCCUUCCGCGCGUAUCCCCCGCCGGCGCACCCCUUUCUCACCCCCGGACGUGAAUAAUGAAGUUUUAGGACUGGGACGCGUAACGAUUAGCCGCUAGGUUUAUGCUCGAUCGGACACUCCCGUGCCACACACACACACAUACACACACACACUUUUGAUAGAAUAUAAAAAAUGUAAACGAUAGCGUUCGUAUAGCGUUGUACGAGAGACACACUUCACCCUGGUAUUCUUACAACGAAGUUGUCCGUUGUCUCGCGCGCAGACGGGGGAAGGUGGGAUUUCAUUCGGGCGGAAACGCAAAAUUCGCGCGUGUCCGCACAGAAAGAAAGCACGUGUCAAAUUAACUCUUACAUACUCACGUGAAGGCGUUCAUUGUUUCAUACGUACGCAACAAUAUAUAAUCUUCUUGGAAGAACUUGAAAAUCUUGAAUAUCAACAAUAUUAUAGUCUUCUUUCAACACUAUAAUUGUUACUUUAGGAAUAUAAUAUAAUUAUUUUGAUUAUUUUAUUCUAAGGAAAUUCUAAUCUUCGAUUUGAACGUGUAGUACUUUCUAUCCAACGCUUUUACCUUUUCAUUCAAGAAAAUUAUUCUUAAGUAACAGGAAUAUCAUUUUCUUGAUUAAACUAUAUAAAAUCUUAAAAAAUAAAUCUUCUUUAUUUAACGCAAUAUAUAUAAUCUUAUUUCAAGAUUUUCGUUCUGAAACCAAAGAUAUUGUGAAAAGUAACAAUAUUCUUUUUUUUUUUCUGUGCGCCUUGCGUGUAAAAUUGCCGUGUGAAAAGUCCUCCCGACUCGCGCGAAACCGCGCCACGUCCUGCGUUGAUUUUAUCGAACAAUCCCGCUGAUCACCGCGUCGGUGCGGAGAAUUGCAUAAAGAUUCGUCGCGAUCCGCGGGACGCCGUAGCUACCAGCUGCAUAAUGCGUCGAUGAGCGUGGCAUUACGCCGCGUAGCGAAAUUCGCCUUAUCGGCUUCGUUAGCUGCGAGCCGAACGGAAAUUAAUGGGCGCCGAUUACGGCGCCGUGCCGAGCCCCGUCGUUGUGAACUUCCGUGUGACACGGCUGUACCUCCCGCGAAUAUAUUCCGUGGUAAUUAACGCGCGGCGCUGUCUCGGCGUAAUUUCUUACCCGCGACAAGUGUGUGCAUCCUACUAACAAGGCGGCAUAAUGGAGGAUCACGACGUGUGCGUGCGUCGUCGUCAAAAUCACGCGGCGGGCGCCGAUAUUCCGGGCGAACUGACGUGGAAAGCUGAGUGAUGCCGAAUCACGUCGUCAGUCAUCGCGUAGCUUGGCGCUGGCAUUAGGCGAAACGGUAAGCAAUGUCGUUUUGUGAAUACUGGGAAAGGUAUUCAGCUUGGUUAAAUAUCAUUUAUUACUUAAUUAUUUAGUAUAAUCGACAUUAUUUUUCCGUGAUAGUCGAUCACUUAUUUAUUAAUUAAAAAAGAAAAACUUUUUUUGGUCGAGAAGUUAUGGCUUUGAUUCUGAAACAUAAUCGCUUAUAGUGAAAUAGACACAAUGAAGAAAAAUUAGGAUGGGAAAUGCUCUCUCUUUUCCACCUAUUCACCUCGUCUUUUUGAUUAUAUUAUUAAAGUACCUCACGGAGGAAAAAGUUUUACAAGACUAAGUUUGAGUCGUUUUAUAUAUCUUUUUUAAAUUAAAGCCGUUCCGCUUCUCUGCAAAAAAGAGAUUUAAAAAAUUAAUAAACAAGUGGUUAAUUAUCACAGAAUAUAUAUAAUGCCUGAUUAUAUUAUUAAAUAAAUAAUAAUUUGUAUUAACAGACCUAUACAUUCACGCUAUUUAUAAACCAGUUAUUACUUUUGGGUUUUUUUUUUAAAUAUUUAAUGGGAUCAUAUUGGUAAAGAAAGAUAAAUAGAGAAAAAGAAAAAUGUAAAUAUAUUCCUACUGGAUUGAAAUUCUUGAAAUUAUGAAAUUGUUAAAAAUGUCUAGACAAUUAUUUAUAUUUUAUAUAAAUUGAUUCAAUAUUGAUUAUGAAACUUAGUGAUAGGUAAUUUAUUAGUUGUUUUGCUGAGUGAAAUUAUAUAUAUAAAACUUAAUUUUAAUUGGUAAUAAUUUUCCUAAGAUGCGAUUAGUGGCAUCACGUGCUUCUUUAAACCUUUCAACUAUACGAGAAGAGAGCACUUACGAGUUUUCAUAGACUGUUUUGCAAAAAUUACUGAUCGUUAGGAAACAUCCGCCGUUAUCCCCCUUUCUCUCUUCCUUUCAACUCGGCUUUAUAUUAAAUGAUGAAUAACAAAUUCUCGAGGUACGGGAAAUGAAAAGUAAUCCCGCGAAGUACGGUUGCGAGAGGUUUCUGUUUACAUAGUUGGCGCGACGAAUAAUUAACUGCCGUCUAAUUACAACGUUCUGUCACAAGCGAAACGCGUAUUUGCAGGCAACAGAAAUCCCACCUUCUUAAAGCGUCCCAAUUACCAGGCCGUCGUCGCCAUCGUCGCUCCUCUCUUUCGCCGUAAAUGAUUAUCGUCGCUGUUUAUGCACGAAACCGAGACGCGACAGACACGCGUUUGUUUGUGCACCCUCUUAUUAAUAUGUACAACGCCCGCGCGAAACCAUCAUCGUGCUCUCGCGUGCGUCAUCGAUCAAUUAAUAGCGCUCGUUAUGUAAGCCGGUGGCGUCCGGCGCGUUUAAUAAUCGCGGCGCCCGUUGCGGUUUUACGUUUCCUAAACGGCGAAUUAUGUCGCGGCCCGGUGCGCAAAAUGGUAGGACGAGGGAGAAGCAGACUACCGUAAAAUGAGCUCGGAUCGCACGUACGGGGGUAACUUUAGCGUCGCACCGAACGCAGCAAGAUCACGUCGUAUUUAACGGUGGAAAACAUUAGCGUAGGAUAACGCGCUGCGUUUAACUCUUGAUUGUGGAUCUUGGUUUCUCGACUUCGAAUUCGGAAAUUCGAUGUACAUAAUCCAGUUCUUGUUGCGCAACACGAAACCUGAACACUUUAUCCAAUUCUCCGUUAUACUUUUCGAUUCGAAUUAGCACCCCCCCCUCGCCGUUGGAUGCGAUCCAACCCUUCGUCGUCUGCGGUGGCAUAAUGACGGACAGAUAUUUCGUUUACUAUUUAUUAAUAUUCUCCUCUACCGUCACUCGUGCAUAUCAUUGUUAACGAUCGAUUGUCAUCGACGACAUAUUAAUAUAGCUGUAUAAAAUUUAUGUAUUAAAUAUAUG